AGCGUGCAAGCCGGGAGGCGCGGCACCGGCCUGGGGCACCGCAAGGCUCGGGGAACGGGACGUGGCAGCACUCCGAGCACCAGAAAGUUCUCAGAGAAGUUCCGCCCGACAAAGCGCGGGAGCGGCGGGCGGAACCAUGAACGUGUUCCGAAUCCUCGGGGACCUGAGCCACCUCCUGGCCAUGAUCUUGCUUCUAGUGAAGAUCUGGAGGUCCAAGAGCUGCGCGGGCAUCUCUGGGAAGAGCCAGAUUCUUUUCGCUUUGGUCUUCACCACCAGGUACCUGGACCUCUUCUCCAAUUUCAUCUCCAUCUAUAACACAGUGAUGAAGGUAGUUUUCCUCCUCUGUGCCUACGUCACAGUGUACAUGAUCUAUUGGAAGUUCCGGAAAACGUUUGACAUUGAAAAUGACACAUUCCGUCUGGAGUUCCUCCUGGUCCCAGUGAUCGGCCUUUCCUUUCUGGAGAACUACAGUUAUGCACCUAUGGAGGUCCUCUGGACCUUCUCCAUCUAUCUGGAGUCAGUGGCUAUCCUGCCACAGCUCUUCAUGAUCAGUAAGACUGGAGAGGCCGAGACCAUCACCACACACUACCUGUUCUUCCUGGGGCUCUAUCGGUUACUCUACCUGGUCAACUGGAUCAGGCGGUACCAGACAGAGAACUACUAUGACCAGAUCUCAGUGGUGUCUGGAGUUGUACAAACCAUCUUUUACUGUGACUUCUUCUACUUGUAUGUGACCAAAGUCCUUAAAGGAAAGAAAUUAAGCCUACCAAUGCCAGUUUGAAGAGAUGGGCCACCGCUAAGGCAUCUAGAGCAAAUCUCCAUCAUUCCUCCAUGACUUCGAGCCAAGACUUGGAACUUAAGUGUUAAAAUGACUGGUGUGAAUUUGAGCAAAGCACUAUCUCGGUGUCAAUGGCAGCACCCCUCAUACACCGUCGUGGAUAUAAUGGAAUACCUGGUCCAUCUGCUCGAGUAUGGUACCCUACAAUGAACGGCAAGUGAAAAGAAGCAGUAAGAUGCCUCUCCCACAAAUGACUCAACUCUUGCUUCUUUAGGAUUAUAGAAGAUCCAAAGACCCUGCCUAGGUCAGAGCGCUGAACUCUAGAGCUGUGGGCUCAUCUGCCAUCUAAAAGCUGUAAGCAGUACAAGCAACCAGCUCUGCCAAAUGCUUAGGACUUCUAAUCUCACUUGCCAGCUGAGGUGGACACCAUGGCCACUGUGUAACUAGAUUCUGUGCCAAGAGCCACUAUCAAGCUCACCGUCCCCUCCCAAUCUGGGUGCUAAAUAGGAUGACAAGUACACUCAAUCUCCAAACGUCUGGUGCUUGAAGGGAAUCAUUAGGACUACAUGUAAACUCUAAGUUUUAAUGUAAUAAAAAGUUCACACCUUUA